GCCUUUUCCUGGCGGAGAGGACCCGCGCGCGCUCCACGCUGCGGCGGUGCGCUCUCAGGGCCGUGGGCGGCGGGGAUGAGCGGCGGCCCUCUCCCCGGGCGCCCGCGGGGCUGCUCCUCCUCCUCCCCUCCCCUUCCUCCGCUCCUUUCCCCUUCCCGAGCUGCUGACUCUACCAACCAGCUCCCGGCGAGCCGCCGGCGCUCGCCUGCCUGCAGGACCUGAUGCGCAUCCAUAUUAGAGCGUCCGCGCGCCGGCAGCUGGCCAGCCCCUUGCCGCCCCGGCCCGCUGCGGAGUUUAUUUUUAACUCGCACCCGCCGGCACUCGGAUGGUGCGCGCACCACCCGCCAGGGACAUCUUCCCAAGCGCUGCUCUCCAUCUUCCGCCUCUCUCCCCCAACAUCCCUCCCCCCCCUCCUGUGGGAGGGGAAACUUUGCUCCUACAUACUUUCGAGUCACUCUUCGGGCCGGGAGCGCGGAGAUGACGGCGCCCGCCGCAAGUGUCAACGAGUGAUACCAAGAGAAGAAAAAAGGAAGUAAACACAGACUCAUUUGCUUCUACAUGUGGAUAAUAGCUAUAGCCGGGGAAAAUUUCAUAAUAUAUCAUUUGGGGCAGAAAAUGGAGUUCUAUGGCAGAGGCUUCCUGGGAGCUUGAACCCGUCUCCCAAUGACCUCAAGUCCACCCGCCGGCUUGGACGGCUCAGACUUACCUUCCAUCAACACCAUGAUGUCAGCCGUGAUGAGUGUGGGGAAGAUCGCCGAGAACGGCGGGGGCUCCCCGACCGUCAAGUCACCCCCGAAGCCUCCAGGACCAAACCGGAUCGGCCGAAGGAACCAGGAAACAAAAGAGGAGAAGUCUUCCUAUAACUGUCCCCUGUGUGAGAAGAUUUGCACUACACAGCAUCAGUUAACUAUGCACAUUCGUCAGCAUAACACCGACACGGGAGGAGCAGACCACUCCUGCAGCAUCUGCGGGAAGUCGCUGAGCUCGGCGAGCUCCCUGGACCGCCACAUGUUGGUGCACUCUGGAGAAAGGCCCUACAAGUGCACCGUGUGUGGCCAGUCCUUCACCACCAAUGGGAACAUGCACAGACACAUGAAGAUCCACGAGAAGGACCCCAGCAGUGCCACGGCCGCAGCCCCGCCAUCCCCACUGAAACGCAGGAGGCUGUCCUCCAAAAGGAAACUGAGUCACGACGCGGAGUCGGAGAAAGAAGAUGCAGCUCCUGCUAAAAAGAUGGUAGAAGAUGGGCAGUCGGGGGACCUGGAGAAGAAGGCUGAUGAAGUUUUUCACUGCCCAGUGUGUUUUAAGGAAUUCGUUUGCAAGUACGGCCUGGAGACCCACAUGGAGACACACUCAGAUAACCCGCUAAGGUGUGACAUUUGCUGUGUCACCUUCCGAACACAUCGUGGGUUGCUGCGCCACAACGCGCUGGUCCACAAACAGCUUCCGAGAGACGCCAUGGGAAGGCCCUACAUACAGAACAACCCUUCGAUCCCUGCUGGCUUCCACGACUUGGGGUUCACAGACUUCUCCUGUAGAAAGUUCCCUCAGAUUUCACAGGCCUGGUGCGAAACCAACCUGCGCCGAUGCAUCAGCGAGCAGCACCGCUUCGUCUGCGAGACCUGCGACAAGGCGUUCCCCAUGCUCUCCUCACUCCUCCUGCACAGGCAGACCCAUGGCGCUGGCGAGCAGGGCCAGGACAAAACCCAGGCCAAGCCCCCGGCCGGCGACCCCCUUGACCAGAAGGUCUUCCUGGCCUGGCUGGGCCUGCAGCUCACCAAAGAUGUCCGGCCAGCUCCAGCCGCGGAGACCCCGCCGGACGACAACCGAGCCAUCCAGCUGGAGACCCUCAAGGGUCAGCUACCUCAGGACUCCGGCUGCGCUAGCCUGCUGAGCCUGUCUCCGUUCGAAGCCACCUCCCUGGGCGGGCCGCUCGCCGUCCUCCCGGCCACCAAGGAGGGCCUGAAGCACGUGUCCCUGCAGCCCUUCCAGAAGGGCUUCAUCAUCCAGCCCGACAGCAGCAUCGUCGUCAAGCCCAUCUCCAGCGAGGCAGCCAUUGAGCUGGCCGACAUCCAGCAGAUCCUGAGGAUGGCCUCGGCGGUCCCGCCGCAGAUCAGUCUUCCGCCCCUGUCCAAGGCCCCCGCCACUCCCCUGCAGGCCAUCUUCAAGCACAUGCCCCCCCUGAAGCCAAAGCCCCUGGUCACCCCGCGCACCGUCGUGGCCACCUCCACCCCGCCGCCCCUCCUCAACGCCCAGCAGGCCUCCCCGGGCUCCGGCAGCCCCGGCCUGCCCCCGCCGCCGCUGAAGCUGCUCAAGGGCUCAACGGAGGCCGCCUCCACCGCCCACCUGCUGCAGCCCAAGUCCGGGGCGCAGCCCAGCGCCACGGCCCAGCUCUUCCUGCAGCCGCGGCCGGAGCCCCCGGGCCCACCGGAAAUGAAGACGCAGCUGGAGCAGGACAGCAUCAUCGAGGCCCUGCUGCCCCUGAGCAUGGAGGCCAAGAUCAAGCAGGAGAUCACAGAGGGUGACCUGAAGGCCAUCAUGACGGGGCCAGCCGGCAAGAAGGCGCCGGCCAUGCGCAAGGUGCUCUACCCCUGCCGCUUCUGCAGCCAGGUGUUCGCCUUCUCGGGGGUGCUGCGCGCCCACGUGCGCUCCCACCUGGGCAUCUCGCCCUACCAGUGCAACAUCUGCGACUACAUCGCCGCCGACAAGGCCGCCCUCAUCCGCCACCUGCGCACGCACAGCGGCGAGCGGCCCUACAUCUGCAAGAUCUGCCACUACCCCUUCACCGUCAAGGCCAACUGCGAGCGGCACCUGCGCAAGAAGCACCUCAAGGCCACCCGCAAGGACAUCGAGAAGAACAUCGAGUACGUGACGAGCAGCGCGGCCGAGAUGGUGGACGCCUUCUGCACCCCGGACACGGUGUGCCGGCUCUGCGGCGAGGACCUGAAGCAGCACCGCGCCCUGCGCAUGCACAUGCGGGCGCACUGUGGCCGCGGCCUGGGCGGCUGCCUCAAGGCCCGCAAGCCCUUCGAGUGCAAGGAGUGCGGCUCCACCUUCUCGGCCAAGCGCAACUGCGUGCACCAUGUCCUCAAGCAGCACCCGCUGGUGCCGGAGCGUGAAGUCGAGGGCUACGUGCUGGUGGCCGACAGCGGGGACGGGCCGGCCCCUGAGGCCCCGGGCAGGACGGAGGACGGGGGCUGCGGGGCCUUCGGGGAGCGCAAGCCCGGGGGGCCCUUCCUGGAGGCCCAGAAUGGUUUCUUGCACGGGGUCACCGCCCCACCUCUGUCUCACGUCUCCGUCAAGUUGGAGCCAGCAGGGAGCUUUGCCAUGGACUUCAACGAGCCCCUGGACUUCUCUCAGAAGGGCCUGGCGCUGGUCCACGUCAAGCAGGAGCACACCACCUCCUUCCUGAGCUCCUCCUGCCUCGUCCCUUACGACUGCUCCAUGGAGCCCAUCGACCUGUCCAUCCCCAAGAAUUUCAGAAGAGGAGACCAGGAGCCGGGAGCCCCCGGUGAUGACAAGAAGCAGGAGCAGGGCAGUGGCGAGCAGCCCCCCAGCUGCCCGCCGGUGACCUUUGGGCCCGGCGGGGUCCCAGAGAAAGCCCAGGCCCCCGCCACGGUGGCCACCCCCCCGGAGCUCCCUGGCCAGCCCCUGAAGGGCCCCGUUCAGCUCGCCGUGCCCAUUUACUCCUCUGCCCUGGUCAACAGCGCCCCACUCCUGGGAAACUCAGCCCUAAUCAGCAGCUCCACCUUGCUGCGGCCACUGCGCCCCAAGCCUCCCCUGCUCCUGCCAAAGCCCCCGGUGACGGAGGAGCUGCCCCCGCUGGCCUCCAUCGCCCAGAUCAUCUCGUCCGUGUCCUCAGCCCCCACCUUGCUAAAGAGCAAGGUGGCUGACCCAGGGCCACCCAGCGCCGGCGGCCACACUGCGGCCACAGACCAUUUAGGCACCGCCGCUCCCCAGGCCACCCCCGCGGACACCGCCAGCCCGACAGAGUGCGGCGACCCGCCCCCGUUGGCCAACAGCCCAGAGGCCGCCUCGCCCAGCGAGCAGGGCCCAGCCGGCCUGUCCAGGAAGCGGGGUCGGAAAAAGGCAGCGAGGAGCCGGCCCAGGACGGACGGCGGCGGAGUGGACCUGGACUCGAGCGGGGAGUUCGCCAGCGUCGAGAAGAUGCUGGCCACCACCGACACCAACAAGUUCAGCCCGUUCCUGCAGACCGCCGAGGACGACGGCCCGGAGGAGGCGGCUGGAGCCCCCGUGGACGCCGGCCGGCCCAGCAGUGACCAGCAGGGCAGCCCUGGCGAGGACAGGCUGCUGCGAGCCAGGCGGAGCUCCUAUGCCAACUGCCUGCAGAAGAUCACCUGCCCCCAUUGCCCCCGCGUCUUCCCCUGGGCCAGCUCCCUGCAGAGGCACAUGCUCACACACACCGGUCAGAAGCCCUUCCCUUGUCAAAAAUGCGAUGCCUUCUUUUCUACCAAAUCUAACUGUGAACGCCACCAGUUGCGCAAACACGGAGUUACCAACUGUUCCCUGAGAAGAAACGGGCUUAUCCCCCAGGCAAAAGGGAGAGAUGUUGGAUCUCAUGAUAGCCCAGAGAGUCCGUCGGACGCAGAGAGCUCGGCGGCAGGGGCCGAGGUGCUGGACCUCACCUCGCCGGAGAGGGAGCUGCCGCCGCCGCCAGAGGGCGCCCCCGAGCCGGGGCAGCCCCAGGAGGACCUCCCUGGGGAGGAGGGAGAGGAGCAGGAGGAGGAGGAGGACGGCGGGACGGCCUCCCCCGCGCCCCGGGAAGAGAGGGGGGCCGCGGAGCAGCCCGAAGCCGAGGAGCAGCGCGGCGGGGAGGAGCGCGAGGACGCCGCGGGCCCCGAGGACGACGCGGUGAGCAGCCCGAGCCUGGACCUGGACUUCGCCAGCAAGCUGAUGGACUUCCAGCUGGCCGCCGGCGCCCCCUCCCAGCCCGAGGAGAAGCACGCCUGCGACGUCUGCGGCAAGAGCUGCAAGCUCCCGGGGACGCUGGGCCGCCACCGCCGGGCGCACGGCCGCGAGGCGCAGAAGGGGGAGCGCCCCGCGCUGGCCCCCGGGGAGGAGGACCGGGGCGCGGGGCCGCGGGGGCCGGAGCCCGAGGACGAGGAGGAGGAGGAGGAGGACAAGCCCCCGGAGCCCCCCGCGGCGGCCGCCACCGAGAGGCAGAGCGAGGAGGCCGAGGGCCUGUCCGACGGCGAGGGGGCGGCCGAGAGGAAGUCCUCGGAGAAGAGCGACGACGACAAGAAGGCGAAGGCCGACUCCCCCAAAAGCGUGGCCAGCAAGGCGGACAAGAGGAAAAAGGUGUGCAGCGUCUGCAACAAGCGGUUCUGGUCGCUGCAGGAUCUGACGCGGCACAUGAGGUCGCACACAGGGGAACGGCCGUACAAGUGUCAGACCUGCGAGCGGACCUUCACCUUGAAGCACAGCCUGGUCCGCCACCAGCGCAUCCACCAGAAAGCCAAGGCCGCCAGGCACCACGGGAAGGACAGCGACAAGGACGAGAGGGGCGAGGAGGACAGUGAGGACGAGUCCACCCACAGCGGCCACACACCCGUCUCGGAGAGCGAGGCCGAGCUGGCCCGAAGUGCCAGCAACCACGUGGCCGUCACCCGGAGCCGGAGGGAGUGCCUGGCCAGCGCCGCCAAGGAGGAGAAGGCAGCGGCUGCUCGGACGGCUGGUGGAGGCCAGGCCGAGUCCGGCAAGGGUGCCCCGAAGGCCGGUCCCAUCGCCGGCCCCAAGGAGCAGGCGUCCCGGGGCCAUUCCAAUCAGGAGAGCCCGGCGGCUUGUGGGCAAGACCCUUCGGAGCCGCCCAGCAAGAGGCCUGCCCAUUCCGGCCCGGGCACUGCCGACGGCGCCUCGCAGCCCGUGGGGAUGGAAUGACGGCACAUCCCGGCACCCCGGCGCACAGACAAAAGCCAGCAGAGCAAAGUGUCCCCAGUCGGUAUUUCACGAGGUUUCCUCAGUGGCCUUCAGCUGUCAGGGAGUGAGAGAGAGAGAGAGAGAGAGAUCGAGCAGGGAAAGAAAGCAGGCAUGUGACAGCCGUGCCUCAGUGCCAUAGCCUUACAGUCGAACCCCGCAAGAGACUAAAGAACAUACUGAUCCGAGUGCCUUAACUACUUUACCAGAUGCUCUGGUAUCAGAGUUUCUUUGUUUUUGUUUUUGUUUUGUUUUUCAAAAUGACUUUUUAAGGAAAGAAAAAAAAAAAAGACAGAAAACAAAACAAAGAUUUUAAUGAAUUGUUUGAAGAGGACGUUUUCAUUUAAGCAUUAAUGUUAUCUUUUUGUAUCGGUGUGCGUGAGGUUGUACUUGUGAAUCUGUGAUCGUACUGUUGGUUCUGUGAGCUGGAAACAGAAGCAAAAACAAACAACCCCAACAAAAAUGCCCUGGGAUACCCAUAGCCAACAACUGGAAGAAAAUGAUGUGAAUUCCAUGUAAAUGACCCGAGGAAAUAUGGAUAAAAUGCUAAUUUCUCAAAUAGACCUUUUUUUUUCUCCCCUGCCCUUUUCUUUUGCUUUCUGCUACCUGGUGAAGCUGUUAAUCUGGUCCAUGGUUGUUGCAGGAUGUGGUUGAUGAAGGUUCCGAAUUCGGCCCAAGCCCAAACGGGGAAAGAUCCUAGCUUCACCCUCACGCUCGUCUCCACCCUCUUGGCGUUAGAGAUGGUCUUAACUGUUCCCAUUUAAGACUUUCUUUCUUACCUGAACAGAGAAGAGUCACCUGGGCAACUUAACCUAUGGAAAGAGAUGCACAGCUAGCUCUCAGAGGGUCGCAUCCUCUCCCCGCCCCUCCUUCUCGAUAUAUGUAUUCUUAAUAAUAUUAUUAUUUUUAUUUGCAUUUCAUCAGUUUGCUAGUCUCUGCAACUAGCAGAAACCCAACGGGGACAGCGCGUGGUCCUGGGAGACCGGUGCCACCACCCAGACCCCCCACCCACCCCGGGAACGUCUGGUCACCCCUCACACCAGCCCUCUCGGGCGGCAGCUCUUCUACUGUACUCAGACCAGCCUUUCAUCCCUGACUGGAGAACCCCGUGGAGGUCACUGGGCGGCCGUCCCCAGCCCAGCAGAUGCACAGCUCAGGGUGAGCAGGGGGGACAUGGCAGCGCCAGGGGAGGCGGCAUCUUGGCAGACGGAGCCUCCGGAGCCAUGGGCGUGCGCGUCAGACCCAGGAGGGCAGUGAGGCAAAUCCGUUCCGCACAAGCAAGGUGUUCUCCGUCUGCCCGAGAAACCCAAGGCUAGCCCUGACCCACUCGUGCUACUGUCAUUUGCAGGGCGAGGAAGUACGACUACUACUGGUGAUAAAGCUACAAAGGCAAGAUUAAGGAAAGAGAUUUAUAUUUACCUUCCUGUGAUCUGGGGCUGGUGCUGAAGGAGAAAUAAGCUUGCUGUUUCUGAAACCCCCUCCCCCACCCCAGGUGUAAAAAGGCAGGAAUUUUUUAUUUUUUAUAUAUAUAUAUUUUUUGGCGUGAGCAUCCUGUGCAGGCACUAGUGAAAAGAGCCCUAUCCUACUGUAGCUGAGCUUGUGUUCAGCACCCUGUCCUGCAGCCAACCAAGACCUCUAGGAUGCCUGAGCCAUACGCUGCCAGGGAAUUCCAGUGCUUUCCACCACUUGGAUCCUCUCUCUGCCUCCCCCCGUGAGGAGGCAGGCCCCCUCCCCUCAUCUCCCUCCCCAGGAUCCCUGCCCUUUGGGGCCCCUAGUGCUCCUUCUUCCUGCGUACCUUCCCCCCCGCCCACUUCUGGAGGCUGAUGUCCCACCCCCCAGGCUCCAGAGGAAGCUGAUAACGGACUCUUGAGAGAUUGACAGAUGCUGGCUCCGCCUGUGAGAGGAAAAAAAAAAGGUUAUGGGAUAUAUGAUUCUUAACUAUAUUAGGGAUGUAUGAGCCAGUUUAAAAACAAGGUUUUAUUUUCUCGCAAACAUAAAUCAGAACCAAUGAUCCCCUUGUGUAACCCGACCGAGUGAGGUCGACUUAGUGAAAACCGGUUCAUACGUCCCUUGAUUUUGUUUUUUUGUUUUUUUUUUUUUUUAAUGACUAUUGUUAUUGUUAUUUCUGUUGUUAUUAUUAUUUGGGGUUCCUUGUGUUUUUGUUUUCCUUUGUAACUCCCCACGUUAAAACUCGCAAUAUUGUGGGGGGAGAAGCCAUGGCUAAAUUCUCCGCAGCGACGAGAUGUAGCAGCAGGUCAGCAAUCCCCCCCUGCCCGGCCCCACAGCCGGGCCGCAGCGCGCAAUAAUCACUAUCGAUUCAAAGCUUUAUUUAGCCUUGAUCUGUACCUUCGUAGUCGAUAAGGUCUUGCCACAUUUUAUUAGCGAGGUUGAGAAAUGUAUUAUUUGUGUGUCGUUCCUCCCCCUUCCCCCAAUAUUAAACUGUGAAAUUUGUGAUUUGUUUUAAACUCUGGGUGAAUCAUAGCUUAGUUUGCAUGUCCAGCUAAUUUGUUUCUAUACAUUUUGUUUGAUUCUCUUUUUUCCUUCUCUCAGGGCUUUUACAAAAAAAAAAAAAAAAAAAAAAAAGUAUAUAUAUAUAUAUGUGGCUCUUCUGAAAAGGUUUUUGAGGUGCAAGUUUUUCUUUUUUCCCUCCUUGAUUAAUGGACAUAGUACUGAGAUUCAAUCACUACAUUAAACUUGACUGUGAAAGCAAAACAAAAAGCCCGAGUGGCUGUUUUCCAAAUAGCCCUGGGGAGGCCACGUGACAGUCGGAAGCCAGUUUCACAACUGCACCCUCUUCUCUGACUCUCUCUUUCCUCUCCUCUCUUUCUUCAAGAAGGAAGUUAAUCCUAGUGAUUUCAGCCCACGCAUUAAACAGGAAACGAUAAUAAAUGUGUAGAAUUUCAUAUUUUUUUCUAAAGGGAACUUUAAAAACUGCUGCUACAUGUUAUGUACAAAAACUGGUUUAUGCCACAUGAACAGAGAAUCACAAGUUUGGUUUUGGUACUUUGGUUCCUCUUUGUAUUCAGUUGUAUAGUACUUCCAAAUUCAAAAUGAAAAGAAAAGCUGUUCUGUCUCAAACCAUCUAAGCAAUAAAACGUUAUAUUUCAAAAAGUG